AUGGUCUCGCGAUUGUCGCCGUCAGAAACACGUUCGUUGUCUUACUACCAAUACAGAACCGCCAAGCAAUUUAGCGGUUACAACGAUUAUAUUUUCUGGACACAACUCGUACUCCAACUCGCUGACUCGUACCCGACCAUCGCCCACGACCUUAUUGCCGUUGGAGCCUACCACGAAGCACUGGAGACCAAGAAUCGAAAGCUGCAGGAGUUUGCCUUAGCUCAGGGUCGCAAAUCCGUGGCGUGGAUCAACAGGCACUACGAUUCCGUGCCGCUGUCGGCACUAAUAGGGCAUGCGAUCAUCCAGUCUCAGCUCUCGAGGUUCAUGAGUCGGCGUGCUCACCGGCAGACACUCAGGACGCAGCAGACAUUGAUUGAACUUCCCGGUCGAGAUUCGUUGAACCUCAGGGAUCUUGUGAGAAGGCAACAGAAUCGACAAUGUCAUCUUCUUGAUCCUGUCCCGCUUUUGAGGCAGGCAAUUUUUGAGCCGCCCGACUUGUCAGACGACCAUGCGGUGCCGAUGAGGAACAUCGACGACGCACGAUCACUUCUUGAACCCAUUGUUCAGACGCUAGCUUUGCAAGCUCAAAGAGGCCGCAAGCUUCCGUAUUACCUGCUGGAGCAAUGGUACGUAUCCUUCGGCCAGAUUAGACCUACAUGUGAUGCGAUCGGCGGGUGCACUCUUCAUGCAGCAGCUGGUAUGGCUUUGCUGGAGGUUGAGCGCUUGGUCGAGUCUUAUGGAAAUACUUCCUACCUCUUCGCCAACAUCAAAAUUGGACAAUUCAACAACAAGCGUCUGCCGUCGUCACACCUGCCGAGAAGUGACCUUGAGGUCAUCGAUGCUGUCGCUGACGCCUUCGAAGCGGCCUUGGAUACGAACACGGUAACAGAAAAGACUGCAAAUGUCCAACAUUACAAAUUUGGCAUUGACAAUAGUCUGCGAGAGCUCGUGGGCCAGGCCGGGCUGGGCUGUCGACGUCGUGGACAACGCAGGCGUCUGUUGCAGCUGGUCGACCGCGCUAGAGCAUCUGGUGGUCACGAAGCUUAUAACUUACUUGCACAGGUGCUUGAAUGUGUGCAAGCUCUUGAAGUGGGAGGGCUGACCUACAAUGAAGACUCCUUGUCGGUGGUUGAGACAUGCGGCGAUCUGAUACCGCGUGAACAGCGCGUAAAGCUACAUGGCCUGGCGUUCGGUGUCACGCCUGGCAGACUCAGGUUGGAUUUCGUGCGUUGGCCAUGGUCCUACACCAACAAUCCUGACAACGACAAGGGACGGCUGGAGAGUGCUUGGAUCGGGUCAGAGGAUGCAACUGAUGCAGUGAACACGACUGCUGAUCGGUUCUGCGAGCACAUCGAUGUCCCUCAUGGGGAUGAGGAGCUGGCAUGGUAUGCCGGUCCAGGCUAUGUGACUUACCCGUCUGGUGAGCGGCUAGCAGAUGGGUCUGAGGCCAUGGAGACUAUACGUCCGCAGGGUUGGGGCCCUAUAAGUGACCUUCGAUACGACUUCACGCCGUGUUUCCUCGAUCUAUGGCUUCUGUUCGUCGCAGUAUGGGGCAUAUUAUGUGGAAGUGCCGCACUGUGGUACUUGUUCAAGAAGCGCAUCCCACAAGAGGUUCCGAAGAACUGGCACUUCUACACGAAGCUAUGUGUCGUCGGCGUCAUCGCCUUGACGACAGCUUUGCAAGCUGCUCUACAGAUAGAGCAGCUUCCUGGGAUAUGGAUGAAAGACAUUCGGUUCUAUACCACAGUCCUCCUGCUGGUAUCGCUGGGCUUCAUCUUCGCUAUACAGUAUCACGAGCAUUGGAGGUCUAGAAAUCCGAACGGUGUCGUGCUGUUCUACUGGGUGUUCUUCAUCAUAGCUCAUGGCGUCAAGCUCAGAUCUCUGGUUUCAAGAGAAGUCUACGAGGUCCGGCUGCCAUACUUUGUUGUCUUCACCACAAGUUUGGGUUUUGGGAUCAUCGAGUUCAUUCUGGAAUAUCUUGUACCGAAGAAGAAGAGCGUAUACGACGCACUUGGAGCUGAAGAUGAAUGUCCAGUUGAAUAUGCGGACGUGUUCUCGCUCCUCACCUUCGCCUGGAUGACUCCACUGAUGCGUUUUGGCUACAAGAACUUCUUGACCGCCGAUGACUUGUGGAAUCUGCGGUCGAGGGAUACGACCAAAGCUACGGGCGAUAUGCUUCAGGAGGCAUGGAAUCGUCAGCUGGAACGAAAGAAGCCAAAUCUGUGGUUCGCACUCGGACAAGCUUUUGGUGGUCCUUACCUACGUGGAGCUAUCAUCAAGACGAUCAGCGAUUGUCUGGCGUUCGUUCAGCCUCAGCUACUCAGGCUUCUGAUCACCUUUGUAGAGUCCUACAGAGACGGCAACGAGCCAGAGCCUGCUGUCAGAGGUGUCGCAAUCGCGCUGGCCAUGUUUGUCACCUCGGUAUCCCAGACUGCUGCACUUCACCAAUACUUUCAGCGAGCGUUCGAAACCGGUAUGCGGAUCAAGGCAUCUCUGACAGCAAUGAUCUAUGGGAAAUCGCUUAAACUCUCCAACGAGUCACGAGCGACAAAAUCGACCGGCGACAUCGUGACCUACAUGAGCGUUGAUCAGCAACGAUUGUCGGACUUGGCUCAAUGGGGACAGCAAUUGUGGUCUGCACCAUUCCAGAUUACUCUCUGCAUGCUCUCACUCUAUCAAUUGGUUGGCGUAUCGUGCUUCGCCGGGGUGGCAGCCAUGGUGCUUAUGGUUCCUAUCAAUGGCUUCAUUGCUCGAUUCAUGAAGAAGCUGCAGCUCUCCCAGAUGAAGUACAAGGACAGUCGUGCAAGGUUGAUGACCGAGAUCCUGAACAAUAUGAAGAGCAUCAAGCUGUACGCGUGGGGCUCGGCAUUCAUGGACAAGCUCAGCCAUGUCAGGAACGAACAAGAGCUCAACAACCUGCGGAAGAUUGGUGCGGCGCAGUCAUUCGCAACAUUCACCUGGUCUAGUACACCCUUCUUCGUCUCAUGCUCGACUUUCGCGGUGUUUGUCCUAGUGGAGAAUCGGCCUCUGACGACGGAUCUCGUGUUCCCGGCCCUGACGCUGUUCAAUUUGCUCACUUUUCCAUUGACUGUCCUGCCCAUGGUCAUUACUAGUAUCGUCGAGGCGUCGGUGGCUGUGGGCCGGUUGACUGAGUUCCUGACCACUGAUGAGCUUCAAGAAAAUGCUGUACGUUUCAUCGAUGAGCCGAGCGAGCGCAGCGGCGAUGAGUCGGUCAGCAUCAAGGAGGCAAGCUUCACAUGGGACAAGAACCAAGCCAAGAACGUUCUGCAAAACAUCAACUUCAAGGCAAACAAGGGCGAGCUGACCUGCAUCGUUGGUCGGGUGGGAUCUGGCAAGUCAUCGAUACUGCAGUCAAUUCUCGGAGACUUAUGGAAACUGAACGGCGAGGUCGUGGUACGCGGUAGGAUCGCGUAUGUCGCGCAACAGCCGUGGGUGAUGAACGCCAGUGUCAAAGACAACAUUACCUUCGGUCAUCGUUGGGACCCGCACUUCUACAAUCAGACUGUCAAUGCGUGUGCUUUACACGACGACUUUAGGCAGCUACCUGAUGGCGACCAAACGGAAGUCGGAGAAAGGGGAAUAUCUCUCUCAGGCGGACAAAAAGCACGCCUCACCUUAGCUAGAGCUGUGUACGCCAGGGCAGAUGUAUAUUUACUGGACGAUGUGCUUUCUGCUGUCGACCAGCAUGUUGGGCGUCACUUGAUUAACAACGUCCUGGGAGCGAAUGGGCUACUCAGCGGGAAGGUGCGCAUCCUCGCAACCAAUGCUAUCAACGUGCUCAAGGAGUCAGACUAUGUAUACCUUCUUCGUGACCAGACAGUCCUUGAGAAGGGUACGUACCAGCAGCUGAUGGCAAUGCGUGGUGAAGUAGCCAACAUCAUCAAAUCUGCGACCAAUGAGGAUCAGCGCGAAGAUACUUCGGAAGACAAGAGUCCUAGUAUUGAAGGCAUGGAAAGCGAUGACUCUACGGCAAUACACGACGAACUCGAUCCCGAAGAAGCUGAAGAAGCCCGUCAAGAAAUUGGUGGUCUUGCUCCCCUCCGCACCGGACCUUCCAGGCCAUCGAACUUUGGACGCAAGACAAGUCGCGCGACGUUGCGGCGAGCUUCCACAGCAUCCUUCCACGGUCCUAUCGGCGUCACCGACGAAGAGGCUGGCUUGAAAAGUAAACAGACCAAGGAAACUCAGGAGCAGGGCAAGGUCAAAUGGUCUGUCUACACAAGUUACGCCAAAGAAAGCAAUCUCAUCGCUGUCGGCGUCUAUUUCGUCGCUUUGCUUGCUGCUCAGACGGCACAAAUAGGUGGAAGUUUCUGGCUUCGGGAGUGGUCUGAGGAAAAUGAACGUACAGGAACAAAUCCGCAUGUUGGCAAGUACAUCGGCAUCUACUUUGCGUUCGGUAUCGGUGGUGCUGCUCUGGUGGUCAUCCAGACGCUACUUCUUUGGAUCUUCUGCUCGAUUGAAGCAUCCCGAAAGCUACACGAUCGUAUGGCUUAUGCCAUAUUCCGCUCUCCGAUGAGCUUCUUCGACACUACACCAGUUGGCCGCAUCCUAAACCGCUUUUCAAGCGAUAUCUAUAGGGUCGAUGAAGUGAUCGCGCGGACUUUCAACAUGCUUUUUGUGAACUCCAGCCGAGCAUUCUUCACGAUCGGCGUCAUUACCUUCUCGACUCCCGUCUUCCUCGUCAUGGUCAUCCCACUGGGAGCGAUCUACGUCGUCUAUCAGAAAUACUAUCUUCGUACGUCGAGAGAGCUCAAACGCCUGGACAGCGUCAGCCGCAGCCCGAUCUUUGCCCACUUCCAAGAAUCGCUGGGCGGUGUGGCCACCAUCCGAGCGUACCGACAACAAGCUCGUUUCAUCCUCGAGAAUGAGUGGCGAAUGGAUGCCAACCUUCGGGCUUAUUUCCCUUCUGUGAGUGCCAAUAGAUGGCUGGCAGUCCGUCUUGAGUUCAUCGGCUCGAUCAUCAUCUUAUCUUCGGCAAUCUUCGCGAUCGUCUCCGUAACUACCGGCAGUGGGCUUUCAGCCGGCACGGUGGGCCUUGCAAUGUCUUAUGCCCUGCAAAUUACGGCAUCCCUGAAUUGGAUAGUCCGGCAGACAGUCGAGGUUGAGACGAACAUUGUCUCUGUGGAGCGAGUUCUGGAGUACGCGAAUCUUCCAAGCGAAGCGCAGGACGUCAUCUUCAAGAAGCGGCCUAACAUCGGCUGGCCAGCGAACGGCCAGAUCUCAAUCAAGAAUUACUCAACCCGAUACCGGGAGGGUCUUGAUCCGGUGCUCAAGGACAUAUCCUUGAGCAUCAACGCAAAGGAGAAGAUUGGGGUUGUUGGUCGCACAGGGGCGGGGAAAUCGUCGCUCACACUUGCACUGUUCCGAAUCAUCGAACCAAUCUCCGGGAACAUCAGCAUCGAUCAGCUCAACACCUCCACAAUUGGAUUGCUGGACCUUCGGAGGAGGCUUGCAAUCAUACCUCAGGAUGCUGCGUUAUUUGAGGGCAGUAUCCGAGACAACCUGGACCCUCGUCAUGUCCACGAUGACACUGAGCUUUGGAGUGUCCUAGAUCACGCCCGCCUCAAAGAACAUGUGUCAAGCAUGGAAGGUGGGCUCGACGCUAAGGUCAAUGAAGGCGGCUCGAACCUAAGCCAAGGUCAACGGCAAUUGGUGUCACUCGCACGAGCUCUUCUGACACCAAGCAACAUUCUGGUGUUGGACGAAGCCACGGCGGCAGUGGACGUCGAAACGGAUACUAUGCUGCAAGCCACACUCAGGAACACAAUGUUUGAGAACAGGACAAUCAUCACUAUUGCUCACCGGAUCAAUACUAUUCUGGACUCGGAUCGGAUCGUGGUGCUUCAGCAGGGUAAGGUAGCUGAAUUUGACACACCUCGAGCGCUGAUUGCACGGAGGGGUCUGUUCUACGAACUUGUGCGCGAGGCGGGCCUGCUCGAUAACUUCGGCAAUGGUCAUGCCUGA